AUGAACCACCGCGUAUGGCGCCGUGAUCUCGACUUCCCGUGCAUGGACAACCCCAACUCGAGUGCGGCACUACAGGAAAAAUUUCCGCAGGAUUCCCGCCAGGAAGACAAACCCCCUUAUUCGUAUGUGGCUCUGAUCGAUAUGGCGAUAAAAGACAGCCCGAAGAAACGGCGGACUCUCAAUGAAAUCUACCGGUACAUCAUGAAAAGGUUCCCGUUUUAUAAGAAGGAGCGCAAGGGUUGGCAAAACUCCAUCAGACACAACUUGUCCCUCAACCCGUGUUUCAUGAAAAUCCCACGCGAAGGAGCGAGUGACGGGAAAGGCAACGAUUGGACGUUACACCCCGCGUUCCUCGAUAUGUUUCCUGACGGCAAUUACAAACGACGACGGAUGAAACGUCAACAAGGUCCCUUCCGCCUCAUGGACUACGCCGCCCACGGGCCGGUCGGCCAGCACGGACCCCCUCCCGCGUACCCGAUGUACCCACCAGAAGCAUAUCAAGGCUGCGUUCCUACGACUCUGUACGAAUAUUACAGGGAGCAGUCCGUUGUUGAGAACCAGCAGCAAUUAAUGGCUCCCCAGCCUCAAGGAAUGAUGACCACUGUGCAGAACCCGAGCUAUUUCUACAAUCAAACUUACCAAGUGAAACAAGAGGCGAUCCCCCCUCCCUGGUCCGACGUCAAGCAAGAAUACCCGUGCCUCUGA